AUGGCCAUGGAGGAGCCGCCUCAGCUGUUCUUGUGUCCCAUCUCCAUGGAGCUGAUGGAGGACCCCGUCACGGUGUCCACCGGCGUCACCUACGAUCGCCGAAGCAUAGAGCGGUGGUUCUUCAAGUACGGCAAGACGACGUGCCCGGCCACCAUGCAGCGGCUGAAUUCCUUCGACCUCACGCCCAACCACACUCUGAAGCGCGUCAUCUCCACCUGGCUUGACCGCGCCUCCUCCUCCUCUUCGUCAUCGUCGUCGAGCACGCCGCUGUGUAAUAAGCUGGCGCGGGAAAAGCUACCGUCGGUGCUCGCUGGCAUUGAGGCCACGCCGUUCAAGGUCACCGCGCUCAAGAACCUCAGGCGCUGCAUGGAUGAAGACGUGGCAGCGCAGGAGGACUUCGUCGCCUACGGCGGCAUUCAGGUGCUCGGCCGCGUCAUGACACAGGCGCUGGUGGAGAGCUGCGCCGGUGGAGACUUCUCGGCGUUCCGGACGUGCGAGGAGGCCGGCGCGGUCCUCGCCACGCUCCCUCUCUCCGACGACGCGUCGGUGGAGCUCGUGCUCAAACCCGAGUGCAUGAAGCCCGUGGUCGCGGUGGUGCAGCGCGGCAGCGCCGAGUCGAGGCUGCACGCUAUGGCCAUCCUCGCCAAGAUCUCCAGUGCCAGCGGCGCCGAGCGUGACUGGACCCCUGGUGUGGACGUCGACGACCUGGUCAAGUCCCUCCUCGAGCUCCUGUCCGAUGGUGCCUCAGCGAAGUUGAGCUCCCGCGCGCUCGACAUGCUCCUCGACGUCACGGCGCGCUCCCGCGGCGCUCGGCGCGCCAAGGCCGUGGAGGUGGGCGCCGUCUGCGUGCUCGUGGAGCUCCUCCCCGACGCCGACCGCCGAGUCGCCGAGCGCGCGCUCCUCCUGCUCAAGCGCCUGUGCAAGUGCCCCGAGGGCCGGCUCGCCUUCGCGGAGCACGCGCUGGCGGUGUCGGCCGUGGCGCGGACGAUGCUGCGCGUGUCGGUCCUCGCCAGCAGGCUGGCCGUGAGCGUGCUGUGGCUGGUGGCGUGCGCUGUGACGCCCGCGGAGAGGGUGCUGGAUGGCAUGCUGAUGAGCGGCUGCGUGGGGAAGCUGCUGGCGCUCCUGCAGGUGGAGAACUCGGCUUCCACCAAGGAGAAGGCGGCGAAGCUCCUCAGGGUGCACGGCGCAUUCUGGAGGCAGUACCCGUGCUUUCCCACCGACCUCAGGGACUACCUGAAAUUCCUCAAUUGA